UGAAAGAUCCUCUUUCCUCAUAACUUCCCUUUCUUAUCUUGCUUGCAAAGGAAAGUAACCAAGUGGACAUGGCUGUCCCAAAACGUGUGGCUUUAGCCUUCUAGUGACCCUUGCAUCGUGUGGCUUUAACCUUAGAAAUUAAGAGAAUUUCUGGGCUUGCAAGUUUAGAUGAAAUGGUUACACAGGCCUUGGUGGCACUCGAAGAUCUGGUGAUUGAUGAUUGCGGUGAACUGAUGUACUUAUGGCAUGGUUUGACUAAUUUGGACAAGCUCUCUUGUCUGAGCAAUUUGCGGAUCAGAGACUGUAGAAAGCUUGUGUCAUUGGUAACAAGAGAGGAAGGGCUUUUGCCUUGUAAUCUUGAAGUUUUGAGCUUAAGUAAUUGUGUUGAAUUAGAGAAUCUGCCAUAUAGGCUGCACAGCCUCACAUCUCUCAGAAAUUUGAGCAUCAUUUUUUGUCCAAAACUUGGGUCAUUUCCAGCUGUAGGUUUACCCUGUAGUGUUAGAAGUCUCCAUAUUCAAUUUUGUGAUUCUGUGGAGUCCGUGCCGGAGAGCAUUAUGCAAGUCAGUAAUACUGGCAAUGAGAAAACUUAUUUCGAGAAUUUGAGUUUCAGGAGAUGUCCGUCUCUUACAUCCCUUCCAGUUGGUGAAUUUCCUCAUUCAGUUAAGAGUAUUGAAUUUUGCUAUUGGACAACACAAUUAUUGGAGUCGCUUGAUGAUGGGUUCUCUCACCUCACUACAUUAGUAAUAUUCGGCUCUCCCAAGUUAGAGUCUUUCCCAGAAAGUGGAUUGGCCAUCCCCAAUCUUCGCUCUUUUUCCAUUGCAUACUGUGAGAAUUUGAAGUCACUACCUAAUCAGAUGCAAAAUCUGAAAUCUCUUGUAUCUCUAGAGGUGGUGAAUUGUGGAGGAUUGGUGUCGUUUCCAAAAGAGGGUUUGCCCUCAAACGUAAUCAAUCUUGUAAUUUGUGAAUGCAAGAAUCUGACACAGCCAGUGUCAGAGUGGAGACUUGAAAGACUCUCCUCACUUAUAGAUUUAACAAUCAUAGGUACAAGUCCUAGUACAGAUAUGGUUUCCUUUCCAGAUGAAGAGGGAAAACUGCUUCCCUCUUCCCUAACCAGUCUUUCAGUCCAACGUCUUGAGAAUCUGAAAUCCAUAUCCAGGGGUCUUCACAACCUCACCUCACUUGAAAGAUUAUGGAUAUGGGAUUGCCCUAAACUCCGAUCCUUGCCAAAAGAGGGCCUUCUUGCCACACUUGGAUUAUUGUGUAUCACAGGGUGCCCUCUUCUGCAGAAACGUUGCACAAAAAAGAAAGGAAAGUAUUGGCCCUUUAUUGCUAAUAUUCCCUAUCUUGACGUCUCUUAAAUAAAAAUCCAGAUAGGAUUCUGCCUCAAGAAACAAAGACGGUAUGAUGAAGGACGAAGGCACUCCACAAAUGAGGUUAUGGCCAUAUUUGGGAGGCCUGAAGAACUAAUGAACUGUGCAUGUCACCUUUUGGUUUCAGCAAAAGGGAAUUUGGAUUGAGCUUAGAGUUGAUGUAAACAGUUAAGAACCAAUCCAUCUAGAGUUCAACCGUUAUUGAUUUGCUUAUGUUUAGAAGUAAGCUAGUGAUUAAGCUAGAUUGGCCCCAGCCCUGGGAGAUGUCAUUGUAACCCCAAAUUGAGUAAUAUUUUACAUGGUAUAUUGUGUAGGAUUCAAGUAUUCUCUCAACAAAUAGAAUUAUGAAAUGGUUCCAUCACUUCCUUUAACAGGGGAACCUGCCUGAAUCAUCCUGGUCUGGGUAUCAGAGCUUAAAAGAAUGGAAAGGAUUUCAGGAUGGUCUGAGCUUGAAAAAUGCAGAAAAUGAGGCCGGCUCCCAGCUGCUGAGACACCUCUCAUGAGAACUUAAAGAACUUAGAUUUUUGCCAAUUAUUUUUCAAUUCAUGGGGCCACUGACAAAUGAGGUUUACAUCCAGUCUGACAGAAUUACUCUACUUUUUGCAAAAUGUCCAUGUUCAUAAUAGUUGAACUGUUGAGAAGAUUUACUAAUUAUGCUCGACUGUACAUAAGCUUAAUAUGCCUAAUUUACUAUAUAUGUGAUAUCUGAACUUCCUCAACUUAUUGUGAGUGUAUGGUUCAAAGAGAAACUAUCAUGCAUCCAUUACACGGGAAAAUGAAAGUUUUCCCCCCUUACAAUC